UUCCAACAACUUAUUUUGAUCACUUGGCCAUGGCGUUCAGCGGCGCCCAGAUGCUCGCUGCCUUCACCUUGGGCUUUCUUCUCAUGGCCUUCUGUGUGGAUGGUCGGGUAUGCACGUCCCCUAGCAAGUUGUACAAAAGGAGCCCUUGCAAGAACAUGGGCUGCACCGCGGCCUGUCACAAAGAGCACUUCAAGGGUGGGUACUGUGCCAGUAAGAAGACAAUUGUUGGCGAUGAGCUCAACGAAGACAACGACGACAACUUCUUUCACAAACGACCUAAGAAAAAGACGUGCGUAUGUACACUUCAAUGCAGUAAAGCCCCACCACCACCGUCAGAACGUGACGUGCCAGAGCCACCGGGUGAACCUGAGGUGCCAGAUCCUAAGAAGAAGCCGCCGCCGCCAUAUGUACGUGAUGUGCCGGAGCCGCCCUCGGGAGAAAACAAGAAGAAGCUAGUGGCAGCUGCUGACCAGUGAGCAAAUGGUCUAGCCUGCCCGUCCGUGGAAAAUGAUUUCAAUAAGACAGGAAUUAAUCAAUGCUUGACUUGGACACAUGCAUAAUUGAUUGCGUGAAAAUAAUAAUAAUCUUGGUACUGUUAAAUGGUCUA